CGAGUAAACAUGGUCCGGUAAGAGUGUGCACGCUUUGUUGGCGGCGCAGACGUGGAAGUGCACCGGAGGGGAAGCGAAGCUAUUGCCAUUGGUUCCUCCUUGUCACGGGGAAACAACAGCCUUUAGGCUUCAGAUUUUGGUAUGGAGUUCCAAGCUGUGGUGAUGGCUGUAGGUGGUGGAUCCCGCAUGAUGGAUCUGACCUCAAAUAUCCCGAAAGCUCUUCUUCCUAUUGGUAACAAACCCUUGAUAUGGUACCCACUCAACCUGCUGGAACAAGUUGGUUUUGAAGAAGUCAUUGUGGUUACAACAAAAGACGUUCAGAAAGUGCUAAACUUGGAGACAAAACUGAAGCUGGAUAUUGUAUGUAUUGCUGAUGAUGCAGAUAUGGGAACUGCAGACUCAUUACGGCAUAUUCAUGAGAAAAUAAAGACAGAUGUGUUGGUGCUGAGUUGUGAUCUAAUUACAGAUGUUGCUCUUCAUGAAGUAGUAGAUUUAUUCCGAACCCAUGAUGCCACACUCUCCAUGUUAAUGAAGAAAGUUUAUGAACCCACAGAACUUGGACCUGGACAAAAAGGGAAGAAAAAACUAGUGGAACAGCGUGACUUCAUUGGAGUAGAUGACUCAGAGAAGAGGUUGGUCUUCAUGGCCAAUGAAGCAGAUCUGGAUGAAGAAAUUGUCAUUAAGAGAUCUAUCCUUCAAAAGCAUUCACGAAUUCGCAUUAGGACAGGUUUGAUGGAUGCUCAUCUGUACUGUUUGAAGAAAUGUGUAAUAGACUUCCUCAUGGAGAACAGGACAUUUACUUCAAUCAGAAGUGAGUUGAUCCCAUACUUGGUUAGAAAGCAGUUUUCCUCUCCUGCACAGUUGCAACAGGAUCAAAACCACAAAGAGCAGGACCAAAAGAAAAAGGACCAGAAAUCAGACAUUUAUAGCUUUAUGAAGGGUGAUAGCUUGUUUGAAUUGGGUACAGACAAAAUCUGUUGGAACAAUUGCAGAGGAGAUGUAAAAGAGGCAUUCCAUGGAGGGAAAAUUCGUUGCUAUGUUCACAUCAUGAGAGAUGGACUGUGUUACCGAGUGAACACUCUUGGACUAUAUAUUGAAGCGAACAGGCAGGUUCCCAAAAUGCUGUCUUCACUUUGUCCAGAAGAACCUCUGGUUCAUAGUACUGCAUCAAUUAUUGAUAAGUGCUUGGUCGGAUCUGACAGCAUUGUAGGUGCAUCUUCUCAAACAGGGGAAAAGACAUCAGUAAAGCGUUCUGUCAUUGGUACUUCAUGUUUGAUCAAAGACAAAGUUAAAAUUACUAACUGCAUCAUCAUGAACUCUGUCAGAAUUGAAGAAGGGUGCAGCCUACAGAACUGUGUUGUGUGCCAUCAUGCAGUGAUAGAGAAAGGAAGUGACCUCAAGGACUGUUUGAUUGGAAAUAGCCAGCACCUGGAACCUAAUUCUAAACAUGUAAAUGAAGUUAUUAUGGGCACUGAACAGCUGAUGGAAAUCUGAGUCUGGCAGAACUGAAGAAUGGAUUUCUGGCAGCCUGAACCAGUGGCUCAGCUGGAGAUUCUGCUACAUGAAUUUCUCCUGGCAUCACUGAUGCUGACAGCCAUUCCUGCUUCGACUUCUUCUUUACCCGUUAAUAAAGAAAUAUUUACAAUGGCA